AUGGUUCUCGCUUCGCAUCCCAAUCCCACGGCUCCUGUGCUCUCGCAUUUCUCGCUUGAAGGCAAGACCGCGCUCGUUACCGGUGCCUCCCGCGGCAUUGGGCUGCAGGUUGCAACUGGUCUCCUUGAGGCCGGUGCUUCAGUUGCAAUCACCUAUUCCUCUACUCCUCUCGACGAGAUCUCUUCUCUUGUUGCCUCCCUCUCCUCUGCAAAUCCCGGUCGCGUUGUCAAGGCUUACAAGUGCAAUGUAACUGACAGAGCGGCCGUGAUUGCAGUCAUUGAGACUGCUGCAAAGGAGCUCGGGGGCUUGGACAUUGUGGUUGCGAAUGCAGGGAUUGCAGAUCACAUCCCAGCUGAGGAUUACCCGGAAGACAAGUUCCGCAACAUCCUCGACGUCAACUUCAAUGGUGCCUUCUGGACAGCACAAGCUGCUGCGAACGUUAUGAAGGGUAAUAAGACCCGGGGCAGCAUCAUAUUCACAGCCAGUGUGAGCGCCAUCCUGGUGAAUGUUCCUCAAACUCAGGCCGCGUACAACGCCAGCAAAGCAGCCGUGGUGCAUCUAGCAAAGAGUUUGGCAGUCGAGUGGACUUCCUUUGCAAGGGUUAAUUGUGUUUCGCCCGGUUUUAUCGCGACAGACAUGCUAGAAGUUCACCCAAAGGAAUGGAGAGAUAGGUGGUUCACUAUGAUUCCAGGAGCAAGGUUGUGUGAGCCGGCAGAGUUGAAGGGAUCCUACGUCUACUUGGCGAGUGAUGCUAGUAGCUACAUGACUGGCGCAAAUUUGGUCAUUGAUGGCGGAUAUACUUUACCAUAA